UCCUGUCAACGGGAACAAACAAUUAAAGAUUCAAUCUAAAGCUAUUUAAAUAAUGAAACUCACAGAUUCUUCCCAAUUUUGCCGGUUAUAAUUAUUAGCGCUCUUUGACAUCGCCAUUUUGAAGCGUUUGGUGUGAAUAAAACACUACGCAAAACCUCUACCAGUUUCUCUCUCAUAUCAAGUUUAAUAGAGGGCACUAUCGUCGAAAAGUUCUGCCAAAUUUGGUUGAAACCAAGUGUACUUAUUUUUUUUACCCACGUUUGUUCUGUAAAUAGGAGAUAAAUUUCGAUGAACUAUUUUAUACGAUAAAAAAUCGAAUAUAUUAAAUUCUGGUUUAAUAAAAAAGACUAAAAUUUCAGGAAAAACCAGAAAAAUAACGUUUGAGCGAUAUCAGAAUCAGUGACCACCAAAAAAAUGGCAUCAUCUGAAGCAGCAGAUGCAAAUUGUAUAUGCCCAUAUAAAACAAUCUCUGCCGAUUAUUAACUUCCUUCUUCAUUUCAGCGACAAAAGAACAACAGUUAAAAAAUCUUUCCUCUCAAAAACUACUUUUAGAGGCUCUUUGCAAAGCUAAUGAAGAGCAUAUUGAGGAAAAGAGUCCGGAAGAACUUAAGAGAGAAAUUGAAGAAAUGAAGAAUAAACUAAAAUCUUUUCAAGAAAAACAAAAUGCAAAGAGUGGUAUGGUCCAAAACGCUGCCGAUACAAACGAAUCAACUGGAAUUCUGUUUCCUGACGAACACCCUCAGGAACAGGAAAAGAAAGACCUACAACUAUCUCUAAAGAAAGCCAUGGAUAAAACUGCUAAUGUUUCCCUGGAAAUAGUGGAUAAAUUGAGAAACUUACAAAGAAUUCGUGAUGAAAUUAGAGAGUUUAGAGUGAAAAAUCAAAAAAUUCGUACUACUCAUCGUCACAUGGUUAAGCAACUCGAGGAAGCACGAAAAAGCCAACAGGAACGAUCUCAUAAUGUUGAGCAACAAGCUGAGGUAAAAAGAGCGGAGGAUGAGGUUGAGGUUCAGGCAAGGAAAAAUGAUGUUCUACGCCACGUUCUUCGUAAUCUAGUAAUUGAAUCCGGAGAGGAGUGGGUGAAUAAUGCUGGCCUGGUAGACUUGGUGCUAACCCUGGAUGACACUGCUGCCGAAAAGUUGGAAAAUUUUCAAUCUAACGAAGAAGAAGUCACAAGUAUGUCUACAAGAUCUGAAAUAUAG